AUGGGGCUCCAUUCCAACCUCUUCGUGCAGAACUCCCUCGUGGACAUGUACUUCAAGCUCGGUCGCCCCCUCACUGCGCGCCGCCUGUUCGACGAAAUGCCCAAUAGAGACGUGGUCUCCUGCAACACCGUCGUCUCCGGAUGUUGCCUCUGCGGCGACGUCGACGGCGCGCGGCGGGUCUUCGAUUCCAUGGGCAACAAGAGCUUGAUCUCCUGGUCGGCGAUGAUCGCCGGCUACGCCCGCGCGGGCUACGUCGGCGCCGCCCGAGAGCUCUUCGACGCCAUGCCGGAGCGGAACGUGGCCUCUUGGAACGUGAUGAUCUCCGCCUACGCGCAGAACGAGAAGUUCAUGGAAUCGAUCGAGCUCUUCCGCCGCAUGCAGCAGGCCGCCGGCGGCACGACGCCCAACGAGGUGACCCUCGUCAGCGUCCUCUCCGCCUGCGCCCACCUCGGUGCCUUGGCCCUCGGCCGGUGGAUCGGCAGCUUCGUCGAGCGGAAGAAGAUGGUGCUAACCCUCUUCCUCGGCAACGCCCUCGCGGACAUGUACGCCAAGUGCGGCUGCAUAGCCGACGCCAGAGCAGUGUUCGACCGAAUGCCGGAGAAGGACGUCGUUUCCUGGACCGUCCUCAUCUCCGGGCUGGCCACAAACGGGCACCCCCGCAAGGCCCUGGCGAGCUUCCGGGAGAUGCUCCGGCGAGGGGUCCGCCCCAACGACGUCACCGUCAUGGGGGUCCUCUCCGCCUGCACCCACGCCGGCCUGGUGGACACCGGCAUGAGAUUCUUCGAGAUGAUGACGGCGGAGUUUCAGAUCCUCCCCAAGGUGGAGCACUACGGCUGCGUGGUGGACCUCCUCAGCCGCGCCGGCCGGCUCGACGAGGCGGAGGCCCUCGUCGGUGUCAUGCGCGUACCGGCGAAUGUCGUCGUCUGGGGGGCUCUGCUCGGCGGCUGCAGGAUCCACGGCGACGCCGCGCGGGGGGAGCGUGUCGUGCGGCGGAUCCUCGAGCUCGACCCGGAGCACGCCGGCGGCUACGUCUACCUCGCGCAUGUCUACUCCGCCGCCGGCCGCCCGGAGGACUCCGCCGCCUGCCGGCAGAGCAUGCGGCGGCGGCGCGUAGCGAAGACCCCCGGGUGCAGCUGGAUCGAGGUGGGCAACGCCGUGCACGAGUUCUUCAUGGGAGAUACGUCGCACCCGCAGACGGAGAGGAUCUACGCCAUGAUCAGGGAGUUAGCGAGGAAGAUGAGGAUGGCGGGGUACUGCCCGAACACCAGCGUGGUGACGCAGACCAUCGACGAGGAGGAGAAGGAAGACGCGCUGGCCACUCACAGUGAGAAACUGGCCGUCGCCUUCGGGCUCAUCAGCACCCCCGAGGGGACGACGAUCAGGGUCGUGAAGAACCUGCGGGCCUGCGACGACUGUCAUCAGGCCAUGAAGAUCAUCUCGAGGAUUGUGGGGAGGGAGAUCGUCUUGCGCGACCGGAGCCGCUUCCACCACUUCAGGGACGGCCGGUGCUCCUGCAACGACUACUGGUAG